GUGCUACAUCCGGUACUGUGCCGUGUACAACCCUAUUAAUGGACGUCCUCAAGCAGCUUCAUACUUCCGUCGCUCAAUUGUUCGAAAAUUCCUUCGACCAUGCCUACAAAAACUUGAAUGCCGAGCUCGCUCGUCGAGAUGCACAGGCCGAUGAGGCAGCCAAAGCCGCUGAAGAAGCCCACGGAAAUGCUACCACCAGAAUCCAGGAGCUAGAAUGCGAGGUUGCGGAUCUGAAAAAAGAAAUGCAUUCAUGUGAAGUCGACGCGAAAUCCAAGAGAUUCUCUGCUUCCAUGCAGGAGGCAUACGGACCUGAGCGUGUUCUCGAGCAUUUUGCUUUGAAUGGUCUUCAUCCUGAUAUGAAGGAACGGAUCGCAGAUAUUAGCACUAAAUAUCGGUCUUUAUAUGAAAAUCUCCAAGAGCUUGUAUGUGUUUGUGGGACACUCAGGGCGAAGGUCGAUAGUCAUAAGCGAAAAUUGGUGCAAUGGCAAGACCGCGUCACUCGGGAGGAGUUUACGAUUGAACUAUCAGGGAUCCCGGUCAAAUUUCGGCGUGUGUAUGGGAAUCCAGCCACUAAGGACAUAUUGCACUUUGAGCCAUCGAGGUCGCGACAAUCUGCAUCAGAACCAUUGGAACCGGUUGCUCAUAAGGGCAAAACUGGGACUUCGACUCCAACCUUAAACCGUCAUGAGCAAAGCGUCCAAACCAGAAAUGGGACAAGGGGUGCCCUGAAGUCGUCUUUUACCUCCGAACUACCAGACUCAGCUUCAUCAAGACCUGACCUUUCGUCGGCGAGCCAAGAAACUGUGUCAAAUGACCUCUCUUCCGAUGGGUCCAAUGGAACAGUGACGCGAGAGCUCAAACGAAAGCGAGUGCUAUUGCCGGAAACUGCUCAUCAAAAAACAUUCAUCCAAAAUGGCUCUACAGUCAGAUCGCAGCGACCUAUUAUCAUCAAGAGCGAAAGCAUGUCCUCUAGCUCCCCUCGAAACUCUUCAGAAUACUGCGCACAUGCGGGUACCCAGGAUCUGGAUGAAGUUGGCAGCAGUGUCGAGACCCCGACGAAAAAGAAGCGUCACAAUUGUAAUUCUAGUAAAAGGGAUUUUUUGGCUACUGAUGUUCCUAAGACGACCAGGGAACUUGAGCAGGAUUACGAGAACCCUCAUCAACCAGAAUCUGAGCAGAGGAAGUUGAAGCACGGAGUUCUCCAGCCUGUUGACGGUAACUCGCGGGCUACUAGCUCUUCCGAGCAGCAAUCAAGUAUCAUAGAACCAAAGAGAAACACGGAAAAAACAAUCAGGCAUGGCAUACCUUCAUUAACAGAAGACGGAGAAAGUUACGUGAAUGCGAAACGAAUUGGAAAGCACGCAUCUUCAGUUGAGACGGAUCAGUCGUUGAAUACUGAAAUCAUGCCUGCUCGGCAACGACUUCAAAGUCUUCUGGAAGGGCCGGCACCGUCUAGGUCACAUUUGAAUGUUCCGCGGAGUCACGUGAACCCUGUUGAUAGUAAGCGACCUGUGAACCAAAAUCUAGGAGGCGAUAUACAGCAUGCUUCUGCAGAAGGCCCAGGGCCCUCGGAGGCAAAGGCCGAAGGCAGUAUGCGAACCGAUGUGCACCAUGAAGAUGAAUCUUAUCGAACCUUGCCGCUUCACCGGCUUGAACUUAACCAUUUCAAGAUAAAUUCCGAUUAUAACCAUGGUGUUGACUACGCUUUCAGCGAUCUUGUUCGCAAGGGAGACGAACGCAAGUGUUUGAGUGGUUGUACACGUACCGGCUGCUGCGGCGAUAAAUUUCUCGCCAUGGCUCGAGCUGGUGGUCUCCAAACGAAUCUUGGUGGAGCAAUUUCGAAAGAAGCAGAGGAACAAAAUCUCCUGGAAGAAUACCUAGGUGAUGAAAAAGAUCUAAUUCACUCGAUGGACCCCCAGGACCGCCAAGAGCUUCUCCAUGAAGCGCGAGCAAAACAUAUCUCCGAUACCUUUGGAAAACAUAAACACGUUCACCAGCGUCCCCGCACACCGCCGGGUUUCUGGCGUACAGAUAUGCCAGACACUCAAGAGUUAGAGCAUGACCGCGAAGAAGCAGAAAAGCUCGAAAGAGAGAAAGUCUAUGAACGGUAUAGAGAGGCCAUGCGGCCGGGUGGGUUGUGGAAAUUUGCGGACGAAUAGGCUGGUCUUCUCAGCGUCUUGCACUUAACGAUAUAUAUCCCAAUUUAUGCUGUACAUAUCUGGACCAUGAAAACAAGGGCCUUUCCCAUUGAGGGUUGUCUACUAUCACAUGACCGUUCAUGUAUACCCCAGUCAUACCAUGACAUGUCAAAUAACCGAUUGAAAGACAUACGUCAAGCCCGCAUUCUAUGUAAUCAGCAAACCCCCCAGAACAAACGCAAUGAUAUUUUC